AUGUAUGACAAAUAUUAUAAAGAAAUUUUGGAAAAACUUCCAAAGCUUUCCAUUACAUGCGAAAGUGCAACAAUAAAUAUAUUAAACUCAGCUUGCGCUGUAGAGUCUGUUAGAGAAAACAAAGCUCUAAUUGAUUCCAUUAAACUUCUACUCAGUCAGGCCAGAGAAGGUCGUGAAUUAGCUAAAAAAAAGAAUAAUGAAAGAGGUCAAGCACAACGAGGAUCUUUCCAAAAGGCAGGUCAAGAUGAAAAACCCCCGGAUAAUUUUCUAGAGCUGCCAGUUGUACCAACAAAACUUGACUUACAGGCAGAUGCCAAGCCAUUUGUGAGGUGUGCAGUAGUAGAUGGAGCUUAUGAAAGUGUACAUGACUACCUAGAUAUACAGUUCAGACUCAUGCGGCAAGAUUUUAUUCUGCCCACUAAGAAUUGGAAUUAA